CCUGUCAGCAAGCUGCCGAGUGGGUCAGUAUUAACACGUCUAUUGUUUUACUUUUUUCUUUUUUUGUGCCUCUGGGUUUGGACUAAAUAUGAUUAAUGGAAAUUAUAGCGCCUCUGUCCAACAUAUUUCAAAAGGUAAGUGUUGAGUGAACUUGAACUAGUUGGACUCUUAGUCGUGUAGGACAGGCUGAUAUUGGGUGUGGAGUGUUAGACGUCCCUGGUGUAGGAUGCAGACCCAUGUUCCAGUUCCGCGACCCGCUUACUCCCAGGCCAGGGAGAACCUGGUAAAAGCAAUACCGCCCAAGCUCCUGUGUCUACUUGCCUGUGGGGGAGUGGACUGCCGUUAUGAAGGACCAGAGUGUUGGAAAACAAACCAGCAGGUCAUCAGAGGCAUUUUCUCAUCAUGGGUGACCGAUGACAUCAUUGCCAUGGCACGACCUUCCAAAAUCUUGAUUGACAAGUAUAACAUCAUUGAGCAAUUCCAGCGAUUAAAUAUCAGAUCCGUCAUAAACAUGCAAAUGCCAGGCGAGCAUGCUCACUGUGGACCCCCCUUGGACCCCAAGAGUGGCUUCACGUACUCGCCGCAGACCUUCAUGGAGCAUGACAAUGGGGUAAAGGUGCUGGCCUUCGCAGUGGGGGAAGGCAGGGUUGCUGUGCACUGCCACGCAGGCCUCGGCAGAACAGGUGUCCUGAUAGCCUGCUACUUAAUCUACACUUUGCGCAUCACUCCCAGCGAGGCUGUCCAUUACGUUCGCAUCAAGAGGCCGCGCUCCAUCCAAACUCGAGCACAGAUCAGCCAGGUGUUCGACUUCGCUCGGCUGCUAAGCACACAGCUGAUGCAGUACCCAGACCUCAGCCUGCGACACGGAUCCCCCGUCACCCUGCAGCACUACCUCAACCGUCAGGCGCUUCUGUUGCACGGCCAAGAGGCCCGCACACUCAGACACAUACCAAAGGUGGUGUACCUCUUGUGUGUGCACCUCUCCUGCUUGGCACUGGGACUACCCGCAGCUCCGGAGGUAAAUGCCGAACUGGAGAAGAGGUCAGCAAUUAGGAUCCUGACCAGAGUGGUGAGGGAGACCCUGGUGUCUAAACAAUUCCUGCCCUUACUGAGGGAACAUCUCAACAUCAAACGGGUGGGCUCGGGCUCCGUGUCCUCCUGGGAUGAGCAACUGGGAUUCAUGGAGAGGAAGACGGAUUUGCUUCUGGACAAGCGCAGCUACAGUGACACUGACCUCUGCAAGAUGGUGGAUCUGGAGAUGAGUCCCUGGUGUGCAUGGGAUGUAACAGAACCUCAACUGAGUCAACUGAGAUCCAAGACUGCCCCACUUUCACCACAAAUGAUCACCAAGAACCAUUCACAUGCACGCUUUAUGCAGCAAAGCAACAACUCUGCGAGGAACUUCAAGUGUACGGUCAAAAAGGCUCAAUCCAAGUACAGCUCCAACCUGGAGCUGUCCAGGAGCACACAGAAUGUGCGCCCGACCUCAGUGGCUCGUGCAAUUGCUAAGGCAAUGGCGGACCAAGGUCCACCGGAAGAAACCAUUCUGAGGCGAUCGUCUCUUCUACAGGAGGAGCUGAACAGCAGCGAAUGUGGCUGGGCUCUUUUGGUGACUGAAACGGAUGCUCGGGUUCUCACGUGUCUGCUGUGGACCUGGCUUGAGAAGCUCAAAGAGCCUGUUCUUGGUGCCGAGGAUAUAGUAAGUUUAAGUCGUGUUGGAUGCAACAGGAAGCCUCUUAGUGUACUCAAGAAGUCACAGAGGCACACUAUCUAUUGUCUCUUGCGUUGUGUCAACACGGUGACCAGCCUGUGUCCACACAGAGAAGAUGCCGUGCUGAAGCGUCUGCUCCAAGCACUGACAAAGCGGCCUCAAGAGGACAUGCAAAACCUUGCAAUUUUAAUAAAACUCAUGAGGGCCCAUUUGAGGGAGACGCUUCGCAACAACAGUUACAUCCAGAGGGCCUGCAGCUGCAAUGCUACACUUUGAUUUUUUUCCUUUACUAUGAAUGGGUCAAAGAACGAACCUGGGUGGUUACAAGAGGGCAUGCUCGGCUCCUGACAAACUUGCUGAUUUUCCAUCCAUCAAUCCAUUUUCCGAACCGCUUGAUCCUCACUAGGGUCACGGGGGUCGCUGGAGCCUAUCCCAGCUGUCUUCGGGCAGUAGGCGGGGGACACCCUGAAUCGGUUGCCAGCCAAUCGCAGGGCACACAGAGACAAACAAACAUCCACGCUCACAUUCACACCUAGGGACAAUUUUAGAGCGUUGAAUCAGCCUGCCAUGCAUGUUUUUGGAAUGUGGGAGGAAACCAGAGUACCCGGCGAAGACCCACGCAGGCCCGGGGAGAACAUGCAAACUCCACACAGGAAGGCCGGAGCUGGAAUUGAACCCGGUACCUCUGCACUGUGAAGUUGACGUGCUAACCACUGGACUACCGGGCCACCCUUGCUUAUUUUCAUUUGAUUGUAAUAUGUCUGCGGCCUACAAUGUUUUUUUUAAAUUACAAAUUAACUACAGGAUUGCGAUAGUGUAGAUUAGUUAGAGACUAUGUCAUGUUCCAAUUUAUAGAUAAUAGCUCUGCUAUAAACCAAGCACUCCCUUAAAUUCUUAUGUAUUAAAAAAAUCUUGAUGAUUUCAAAACAGCAGUAGAGUAGUAAACGUUUAGCUAACUCAUGUCAACCAUUAAUGUGCAAACUCCAUUUUGCCCUGUUGGUGUUCUGUGCAUGAUGGAUCAUUGUCACUUUUGUUUUUAAGCAAUUAGAGAACACUGAAACAAGUCACACUGAACCAUGGCGGUUUUCUGA